CAAGGCCACCUCGCCUGGCAGAUGAACCCGCUCCCAAGCUGCCACAGUGUGCAUGAGUUCGGCGUCGAGACGCUCCGCCUCGGCUUUGUCGCCUGCUCCGCCGACUGCCACGCCGCCUCCUUUACCGAUGCGGCGUUGGCGUGCCACGCUCUCUUCCACGCCUUCAAGGUGUGGAGCUAUGGCCGGACCGGCGGCGGCUCGGUGAUGCACUGGGCGGCGUUCGCAGCGCUACUGAGCAACGGCCUGUGGUCCACCUGCGGCGCGGUGCUGUGGCUACAGCCCGGCGGCAGCCGCGCGCCGCCGUUCGAGACGCUCUUCCGACUGAACGGCGGCGCACAGGCACUGCUCGUUGGCUCGUGGUGGUGCGUCCUCGCCGGGAUGCUCGGCGGCCUCGCCUCGGUGCCGCGCGUGCUCCCGGCGGUCCUGUACGCCGUCGGCGCCGCCCAUGCCCUCGCUUUCGCGUUGCGCAACCUCGAGGCCUCGUUUGAGUCGUACGUGCUGUGCGGCGGGGCAAACGUGACCCCGCCCCUCUCGUCGAUCUGGCUGCUCCUGGUGCUCCUCUGCCGGCGCCACGAGCUGCUCUCUCGCUGGCUGCGCCGCGGCGAGGACGCCCACCCUCUCCUCGUUGGCGCGCUGUCGGGGCUCGUCUUUUGGUUUGGAAACUCGGGCCUGCUGAUGGGAGCCGAGACCGGGCUCACCUACUGGACGCACGCCGCCCUCGAGGCGCUCUGUCGCGCGGCGGGGCUGCUGCCCGAGGGCGCGCGUCUCUGGCAGGGCGCCUUCGAGGAGAUGGCUUGCUUCCACCUGUUUGGACUCCUCGGCAACGAGAUGCUCUUCCGAGUCUACCGCUGGCUGGCGGCCGCCGAGGUCGAUGCGAUCAGGCGGGCGGCGACGCCCACGAGGGUCUGCAAUCGGAACGGAAAGGCACGCGCCCGGUCCAUCGGGCCGUGGCUGACCGAGGCUCUGCAUGCCGGAAGCAGAAAGCAGGAGUAGCCGACAUGUGCCGACGAUGUCGGAGAGAGUCAGAGCCACGACGAGUCGUACCAGCACAUGAUCAUGAACAUGAGCAUGUGUCAUGUGACGGAUUGCAGUGGCACCCUCAGUAUUUGACAGAAAAUUUUAGUCACCGGCG